AUGCAGAUGGAAGAAAAGCAACUAUACGGUGCACUAACUGUAUAUCGAGAGAGAGGGGCAUACCUACGACGAUUAGAACAGUUCGAAAAAGCUAAAGCGUCCUACGAUGAAGCAUUUAAAAGUGCACCCGAAGAUGUUCGCACUCUCACGGGGCGCAGUCAAGUAUGUGCCGACGCUGUCCAACCCGUGCAAGCCUACGCUGAUGCUGAAGUGGCCCUGAAACUAGAACCUGGAAAUAUGAUCGCUAGAAACAUGCAAGCUCGCGCCAUGUAUACAAUGUCAGAUUUUGAAAGAUCAGUAGUCAUGAACUUUCGAGGCCUAAGAGUCCGUCGCCAACCGCCUUACUUCAUGGAAGGCAUUAAUCAAGGUGUAGAAACGAUACAGGAUUGCAUCGGAGUUAACGCGGGUAAUGUUAUGUUAGACUUCUUGCCAAUUAUAAAACAAAACGAAGAAUUAACUAAGGACGUUGAUGAAGAUGAACCACAAAAACCUUUACACAAGUGCCGAAUCCCACGACCGGAGAAAAAACGUAAGUUGACUCAAAUGGAAGCACGUAAACAUUUGACACUCUCUAGAGUACUUGCAAUGAAAUACCUUGGUCCGAUGGCUUAUGAUAAGUUUUUUCUACAGGAACUCACUGAAGACCGUCGAAUUAUGUCCGCAAAUAGUGGAGGCAGUUUAGAAUUAAGGGCCAUUGUAAAAGAAGCUUUACGUUCUCUCACGGAAAGACAAGAUAUGUUGCGUUCUCAACGACCAUAUUACACUAUUAAAUUAGCUGAAAAAGCAGACUCUAAAUAUCAGAAUAAGUACAAAGAAGCAGUUCUGAUUAAGGAACGUGAAAUUGGAGCUCGUACUGCUGAACGUUUGCUGAAACAAAUAGAAAAGAGCAUGCGACAGAACCGCGUUAUGGAUUUGAUUGCUCAAGCAGAGCGCAUGCAGAUGUUCUUAGACAUGAAGACGCCAAGAACUUUGCCAGAUAAAGAAUAUUAUAUCGAUAGAUUGUAUAGAGCUGUUGGUGAGGGAUAUUUAUCGCAACAUAGGUUAUCAUACACGCUUAGCGAAAGGGGUAAUAGACGUAGGAUCGCAUUCCUAAUGGGUCUUCCAGUUGGACGCCCUCAAUCCUUCGACUCUGUCAUGGCGACUUAUCCUUACAAAUUUAUUGACAUCAAACAUGCUACAGAGAAGGUUGCUGCAACGCUUGAAAUGUGUGAAAAUUCUACAAUGAAAUGUUGGCUUAUGUACGAAUUGGCUCGUUUAUUAUGUACUCAAAAAAAUUAUGCCCUUGCGAAGUUUUAUGCCAAGCGUUGUCAGAGAGAAGCUCAAGAACUUGGUAACGUUGUAUGGUGGUUAAACGGAUGUUUUGUACUAAUGAGCGGUGAUAUGCAACAAGGCAAUGCUAAUGAGGUACGCAUACAAGUUGAAGAGGCUUAUGAGUGGUCUAAGAAAUUGCAGGAUCCGGAGAGAGUGCAAGCUUUUCUAUGUAAGUGUUCAGAGAUGGCACAAGAGACAGUAGCAGCGGAUGAACGUAAAGCAAUCGUACAACGAGAAAAGCAGAUAGUAGCAGUGAUGGAUGAGGUUCAAAAGGUAGAGACAUCGGUGCUAUUCAAACGCAUGUCCACGGUACCACCCGGACGUAGAUUUUCAGUUCUUCCACGUAAAGCCGAAGCUGCUGAUAAUCGCUCCGAACGCCGUCGUCGAAAGCAACGUGGACUCACUGUCAUUCCUGGAAAAGAAAGAGCUCUGCCACCACCACCCAAGUCUGACACUCUUGGUUUCCAGGUGUUCGAUAUUUAACUUAACGUUUUCAAUUACUAUUGAAAAUCUGCAAAUAAAUUAUACCUAAUUUUACAGGAAAUAUUUGUUUCUUUAUUGUAUUUUAGAUAACACGAUUGUUUUUUUUUUACAUUGCUACCAGUGGCUUCACCCAUGUGGUCCUGUAUUAUACAUAUAAAUUUUCCUCUUGAAUCACUCUGUAUAUUGAUGAAAAUUGCAUUGAAUUACAUUGUGUAGUGAAUAAGAUAUCAGCGUACAGACAGCGGGAAGCGACUUUGUUUUAUUUUAUGUAUAGAUUUGUCUUAUCAACAUGCCUCAAUACAGUGUGUUAAUCGCAGGAUUGUUGAUAAUUUACCCACGU